UUGAAAAGCACAUACUUCCGGUAUUGUGUUCUGUCGUCUUUCCGCUGAAUAACUUCACACCGUUACUAGUGCAAGAAACCGGUGAAUCAGAGGAACACAGGGGAAGGAGGAGGAGUGUUACAGAAUAUUCGCGAGACGGUCCCUUGUUGAGAGUGAUGAUCCACAGGUUCCUGUAAACAUUUCUUCGCCUUUAGAACCCUAAAAAUCUUCACCAACAGCAGCUUUCAAGUUUCAGCAAUGGAGAUGUUGCACCAGAGACCUGCGAGGAGAACGUUGCUGUUUGCUUUCGUCGCAGUAUGCCUAUUUGUAGCUAUUUCCUCCGAUGAAGAUUACUACAAGCUGUUGGGUAUUUCUAAAGAGUCCAGUACUCGUGAAAUUCGACAGGCUUUCAAAAAGCUCGCUCUCACGAUGCAUCCGGAUAAAAACCCAAAUGAUGAAGCAGCCCAUGACAGGUUCCUGAAGAUCAAUCGGGCCUAUGAGGUGUUGAAGGAUGAAGACUUGAGGAAGAAAUAUGACAAAUAUGGAGAGAAGGGCUUGCAAGAUGAACAGCAGGGAGGAAGAUAUGAAAGCUGGAACUAUUACAGAUAUGAUUUUGGCAUUUACGAUGAUGACCUAGAAAUUACUACGCUAGACAGAGGAGACUUCGAUGCAGCGGUUAAUUCUGGAGAGGUCUGGUUUGUGAAUUUCUAUUUCCCACGCUGCUCGCACUGUCACGACCUCGCCCCCACGUGGCGGGAGUUUGCGAAGGAAAUGGAUGGGGUGAUUCGAAUCGGUGCGGUAAACUGUGGUGACAAUGGCAGGCUGUGCCGUAGUAAAGGUGUCAGCAGUUACCCCAGCCUUUAUGUGUUCAGAUCCGGAAUGAAUCCAGAGAAGUACCAUGGCGACCGAUCAAAAUCAAACCUCAUCGCGUUUGCCAUGCAGUAUGUGCAAAGCAAAGUGACUGAACUUUGGCAAGGCAAUAUCUUCACUGAGAUUGAUCGGGCAUUUGGUGAAAGAAUCGGAUGGCUAAUAACCUUUUGUGCUGAUACUGGAGAUUGCCUGGAAUCUCAGACGAGACGGAAGCUCGCUGGAAUGUUGGAUGGUCUUGUACAUGUAGGCUGGAUGGAUUGUACUAAACAGGGAGAUCUGUGUGACAGCUUUGACGUCACUACCAGCACGACGGCCCUUUUUCCUCCUGGAAGUUCUCUUGAACAGAAAGGAAGUGUAUUGUUUAUUCAGAGUUUGGAUGCUAAAGAGAUAUAUGCGCAAGUAUUGAGACAUCUGCCUGACUUGGAGAUGCUUACAAAAGAGAGCUUUGAGCAUAAAUUGGCUCAUCAUCGAUGGCUCAUCAGCUUCUCAUUUGGACAUGAUGACCUGGCAUCACAUGAGUUUAAAAAACUCAAAUCUCUGUUGAAAGACUCUCACAUACAGGUGGGGAAGGUGGACUGUAUCUCGGAUUCAGAUCUCUGUUCUUCUCUAUAUAUUCACAAACCAUGUGUGGCUGUUUUUAAAGGGCUUGGAAUUCAUGAUUAUGAGAUCCACCAUGGUAAAGAUGCUCUGUAUAACAUAAUAGCUUUUGCGAAGGAGAGCGUGAACGCUCAUGUGACCACGCUUAAACCUGAGAACUUCCCCAGUCAUGAGAAGGAGCCCUGGCUGGUUGACUUCUUUGCUCCUUGGUGUCCACCAUGUCGAGCUCUUCUUCCUGAACUGAGGAAAGCCUCCAUCCAGCUCUUUGGACAGUUGAAAUUUGGGACUUUGGACUGUACCGUACACGAGGGCCUCUGCAGUAUGUACAACGUUCAUGCAUAUCCGACAACAGUCAUCUUUAACAAAUCCAGCAUCCAUGAAUAUGAAGGUCAUCACUCUGCAGACGGCAUCCUGGAGUUCAUAGAGGAUCUGGUGAAUCCUGUGGUGGUGACGUUGACCCCAGAGUCAUUUCAGGAGCUGGUAAAGAGACGCAAGUCUACAGAAACGUGGAUGGUUGAUUUCUAUGCACCGUGGUGUGGCCCCUGCCAGGCCCUGCUGCCGGAAUGGAGGAGAAUGGCACGGAUGCUAAGUGGUGUAAUAAAUGUGGGCACAGUUGAUUGUCAAAAACACCAUUCGCUUUGUCAGAGCGAGGACGUCCGAGCGUACCCAGAGAUCCGGCUCUUCCCUCAGAACAGUAACCGACGAAACCAAUACCAAAGUUACAAUGGAUGGCAUAGGGAUGCAUUUUCACUUAAGACUUGGGCGCUGAGCUCUCUGCCUCGAGCCUCAGUGGAUCUGUCACCUGAAGAUUUUACCAAAAAGGUUUUAGGAGGAAAGGAUCACUGGGUGUUAGAUUUCUACGCCCCAUGGUGUGGCCCUUGCCAGCAGUUUGCCCCAGAGUUUGAAGUCCUUGCCAGGAUGAUGAAGGGCACGGUAAGAGCCGGCAAAGUGGACUGUCAGGCACAUUACCAGAUCUGUCAGAGCGCCGGGAUCAAGGCUUACCCCACCGUCAGGUUUUACCCCAGCCUGGGCAUCCGGCGGCGAGAUCAAGGCGGAGAGCACAUUAACAGCAGGGACGCCAGCGUCAUCGCAGACAUUCUCCGACAGCGACUACAGCAACUCGCAAUACAGGGAAAAAACUUUAAGGAUGAACUUUAGGACUUCACACAUCUUGUGAUCCACCAAAGCUUCAGCGGCGAGAAAAACUUGAUAAACAGACUCUUUAAUGAGAGCGGGACUUUUUGUGUUUGUUCACUGCCAAAUGGACCCUAGAGAGGAGUGAUAUGUGGUGAUAUCAUCAUCUCAGCUGCUUCAGAGAGGAUUUAAAGAAGAAAUAACAGUGCAUUUCAUGGCAUGCACCUGCAAAUAUGAUGCGUUACUGAAACAAGAAGAGGUCACCACAGUGCAAUUUUUAUGACUGUAAUAUAUGAAUGUACUGUCAACGUUAAUGUUUCUUCAAACAGACUGUAUUUAUGACUGUAACAGAUGCUUUUUCUUAUCACAGCUUUUUGAAGGGUAUUUGUGUUUAUCUCUGUGACUUCUGCUUAAACUAUUCUUACAAGUCCUGGUCCUGUUAUAAACUAAUUUGGGUUACAUUUCUGCAACUUUUGUAUAUUUGUUUUUCAGAAUUUCAAAGUUUACCAAAUCCUAACACUACACUGGUUAUAAUGGUUUCUUAAUGACUUCUGUAGUUGAGUUUUUCUACAUUUCUACAGAUCCAUCUAAAUUGUCUCUUUGCUUUUUUUGGUUUUAACCACAUUUCUUUGCAGAUGUUUGCUGUAGUAGAAUAAAUCUAUUAACUUUU